AUGAGAGAAGUAACAAUUAAAAAUAGAGAUGAAAAAGGAGAGUAUUCUGGUAUUGGGCUAAGGAAACCAGUCAAAACUGAAAUUAUAGUUUUAAUAAUGAAUGCGUUACUAGAAUAUGAAGAAAACCAAGAGAAGGAAACUGUUUGCCCAAGUUCACCAAAAUCAUAUUGUGGUGAUCAAUUUGAUGAUUUGUAUGAUCACUGCUAUCAAUGUGUCAAAACAUUUUUUGAAGUAACAAAAUCAUGUCAUAACCUUCAAGAAGUAUAUCCUUAUAUUUAUAGUCUUGUAAGGACUUAUAAAAAUUCGUUUUAA